GAACUGCCUUCGCCAGUGUGGGCUUGGGGGCUCAGUGCCUGGGUUCCUGCAACAGCAGCAACUGGUCCUGCUCUUGCUUCCCUCUGGUCUCUGCUGCUCUGGAUCCCUGAGUAGGCAGAAGGUGCUGAGGAAGCCAGUGGUUCUGGUUCCUGGACAAGGUGUUGAGGAAUACGAGGGACAGAGGGGACUGUGACCUGGGGACUUUUUCUGCAGGAAGAAAACAGCCCAAAGAUGAGAGUGAUUCGUGUGGGUACUCGCAAGAGCCAGCUGGCUCGCAUACAGACAGACAGUGUGGUGGCAAUGCUGAAAACCUUAUACCCGGGCCUGCAGUUUGAAAUCGUUGCCAUGUCCACCACAGGGGACAAGAUUCUUGAUACUGCACUCUCUAAGAUUGGGGAGAAGAGCCUGUUUACCAAGGAGCUGGAACAUGCCCUGGAGAAGAAUGAAGUGGACCUGGUUGUUCACUCCCUGAAGGACUUGCCCACUGUGCUCCCUCUGGGCUUCACCAUUGGAGCCAUCUGCAAGCGGGAGAACCCCUACGAUGCUGUUGUCUUUCACCCCAGAUUUGUUGGGAAGACCCUAGAAACCUUGCCAGAGAAGAGUGUGGUAGGAACCAGCUCCCUGCGGAGAGCGGCCCAGCUGCAGAGGAAGUUCCCUCAUCUGGAGUUCAGGAGUAUUCGGGGAAACCUCAACACACGGCUGCGGAAGCUGGACGAGCAGCAGGAAUUCAGCGCCAUCAUCCUGGCCGCGGCUGGCCUGCAACGCAUGGGCUGGCAGAACCGGGUGGGACAGAUCCUGCACCCUGAGGAAUGCAUGUAUGCUGUCGGUCAGGGGGCCCUGGGUGUGGAAGUCCGAGCCAAGGACCAGGACAUCCUGGAUCUGGUGGGUGUGUUGCAUGACCCCGAGACACUGCUCCGCUGCAUCGCCGAACGUGCCUUCCUUAGGCACCUGGAAGGAGGCUGCAGUGUGCCAGUUGCAGUGCAUACAGCUAUGAAGGAUGGACAACUGUACUUGACUGGAGGAGUCUGGAGCCUGGAUGGCUCAGAUAGCAUCCGGGAGACCAUGCAGGCCACCAUCCAUGUCCCUGCCCAGCACGAGGAGGGCCCUGAGGAUAACCCACAGUUUGUGGGCAUCACUGCCCGGACCAUUCCACGAGGAGCCCAGCUAGCUGCUGAGAACCUGGGCAUCAGCCUGGCCAACUUGUUGCUGAACAAAGGGGCCAAAAACAUCUUGGACGUUGCAAGGCAGCUUAAUGAUGCCCACUGACUGGUCUGAGGGGCACAGUGCCCCAUUCUCACUGCUGACUGGGGAGUGAUUCCACCCCAACGGUCAUAGACUUCCAGGGGCCUGCCUUGCCUUGGUGACUGCCUGGCCUCCUCAGUAGGUGGGGUCUGCAUCUCUUUAGAGAAAAACUCCAAGCCAUAGCCUUUGAAUGUAACCAACUCUACUAAUAAAGCAGCUCGGAAGGUU